AUGGAAAAUGCAAAGGAAGAUCGAGCAACAGCAUCCAACUUCACGGCAACUUCUUCACGAUCUGCACCAGAGGAAACUGUUCACAUCGAGUACUCUGAGGUUCCCCUUGCCUAUAGAGGAUUAAAUGAUAGUGUUACUGAUCAAGUUUCAAAUAGCCCUAGGGAUGUUCAGUCUCCUCUUACUACUGGUACUCCUACCCAAGGAGAAUGUCAGGGAAGAGAGGAGCACUCAUGUUUGAAUGGAAAUCAUCACCAAGUUCAUUCGUCACCUCAGCCAUCAACAAAUGAAGAUUUGUGUUCUAUGCAAGAAGAAGAUCUAGCAAAGGAUUCAGACUCCAGUGAUGAAGGAGAAGGGAUCAGUGUGGAUGAAUUGAAGCAAACGGAUGGAUAUAGGUUAUUUGUUGAAGCUUUGGAUGCACACGUUAAGGCUAACUCGACUAAAGAGUAAUUUAUUGCCGAAAGA